AUGAGACUCGCCAUAAAACCUUUCAAACCCCCCCGCGCCGCCGCUCUCCGCCAGUUCUCCGCCGAUCCCCAACCCUCAUCGCCGGCGCCGCAGCCGCCGUCAGAGGUCUCGCAAGUAGUCUCAAUCCUACAGUCCACCGAUCCCAGCUCUUGGCCCACCAAUCCCGACCUUAACUCCCUCCUCUCCUCCCUCCCGCCGCUCUCCCUCUUCAAAAUCGCCCGCCGCCUGCCGGACCAACAAAACGCCCUCCGGUUUUUCAACCACCUCAGGACCUCCCCCAACCUCUCCGCCUCCGCGCCCCUCGCUUUCGAGGCGGCGCUCGAGCUCGCCGCGCGCGAGAACCCCAACUCGCCGGCCAAGCUCCACGAACUCUUCGUACAGUCGAAGGACCAAAAUACCCCUCUCUCCGCCAAUGCCGGGACCCUCCUCAUCAAGUCCUUCUCCCGGGCGGGGAUGCUUGACGAGAUGGUCGCGGCCUUCGACGCCAUCAACGAGGAGAAGAAGAACACGCACGUGCUGAACAUGGUUAUCAAUGGACUGUUGGAUUGGGGCCGUGUGGAUGACGCACACAAGCUGCUCGACCAAAUGUUCGAGGCGGACCCCAGGUACCCUCCGAAUCAGAACACGAUGGGUAUCGUUUUCUCCUCGAUUCUGAAGAGAAAUUGGUGUGGCAGGAGCAUAGCCGAUGAGGAAAUUUAUAAUCUCGCCACUCGUUUCAGCAAAAGUGGAAUAAUCCUAGGUGGAUUUCUUUUGACGCAGAUGGUCAUGAGGUUCUGUAGUAAUGGGUACUGUGACUGGGCUUGGGAUGUUCUGCACCUGGGGAUGAAUUCGGGUGCCGAUAUAGAGGUCGCCUCUUGCAAUGCUCUGUUGACAGGUUUAGGCAAGAUUCACGAUUUCCCUAGAAUGAAUCUACUCAUGAAGGAGAUGAAGGAGAAAAAGAUCCAGCCGUCUAUCAUCACAUACGGGAUCACGAUCAAGCACCUCUGCAGAUUCCAGAGGAUGGACGAGGCCUUGGAAAUAUUCGAACAAAUGAAAGGCGGCGAAUUUGGGGUCGAGCCCGAUGCAGUCAUUUACAACACAAUAAUUGACGGGCUCUGUAAAAUUGGGCGGCAGGAAGAAGGUCACCAGCUGAUGGAGAAAAUGAGGCUGGACAGCAAAUGUAAACCGAACACAAUUACAUACAACUGCUUGAUUGACGGGUUAUGUAAAGCCGGUGAGAUUGGGAAAGGCCGAGAGCUCUUUGAAAGAAUGGGCCGAGAAGGCGUGGAGCCCAAUGUCAUCACAGUAAACACUCUAAUUGACGGGAUGUGCAAGCACAGUAUGGUGGGCACGGCACUCGAGUUUUUCAGCGAGAUGCAAGAAAAGGGCUUGAAAGGGAAUGUGAUAACUUACACAAACUUGAUAACAGCUUUUUGCAAUUCGAACAAUAUUGAUAAAGCCAUGAGCCUUUUUGAUGAGAUGCUGGGGAAUGGUUGCGCCCCAGAUGCCGUAGUGUACCAAGCCCUUAUUUCGGGCCUGGCCCAAGUCGGGAGAAUGGACGAUGCUACUCGUGUGCUGUCUGAGAUGAGGAAGGCCGGGUUUCGUCUGGAUGUGGUGGGUUACAAUAUCCUCAUAGGUGGGUUUUGCAGGAAGAACAAACUGGACCGGGCCUCUGAGCUUCUCAAGGACAUGGAGAGUUCUGGGCUGAGGCCCGAUCGCGUCACAUACAACACACUGUUCUCAUUUUUCUGCAGCAACGGGGAGUUCGCGCAAGCUCACCGCGUGAUUAGGAAGAUGACAGAAAAUGGGUUGACCCCAACUGUCGUCACCUAUGGGGCCCUCAUUCAUGCUUACUGUUCACACGACAAUUUGGAUGCGGCCAUGCAGAUUUUUAGGGACAUGAGCUCAUCUUCCAAGGUUCCCCCGAACACGGUCAUAUACAAUAUAUUGGUAGAUGUUCUUUGCAAGAAUGACGACGUGGAGGGCGCCAUGUCAUUGAUGGAGGAUAUGGAGACUAGGGGCGUGAGGCCGAACAGCAACACGUACAAUGCCCUUUUCAAAGGGCUCAGGCAGAGGAAUUGGUUCGAAAAGGCUCUUGAGUAUAUGGACCAGAUGAGCAAACAAGGCCUUGACCCGGAUUAUGUGACGAUGGAGAUUCUUACAGAGUGGCUCUCGGCUGUUGGGGAGACCGAGAAGUUGAAGGAGUUUGUUAAGGGCGGACGGGUUUCUGGGUUGGCCACGUGA